AUGGUUAAAAACCCAGGUGUACGAAAGCAACGUGAAGAGUCUCUGAUAAAUUGGAUGUGGCUAAGUAGCAACCCUACCCCUCUUUCAUUCUUUCGUUAUACAGAUGCUGUCGAUAGAUCAAGAUCCAUAAAUAAAUAUUCCUCUAUAAUUACGAAAGCAAUAAAUCGCAACACCAAUAUAACUAUCUCUGAUAAGCUUAAUAACGUUCUGGACAAAUUUAACAAGGGAGAAUACAAAAAUGAUUGGGAGGACUGGAAGAAAGAGAGAACGAAGAGCGUAACUGUGACAAACAUAGUCGAAACGAAUUUCGAUGUACAUAAUGAAUAUAAUUCUACGUUUAAUACUCCAACAUUUGGAAAGCGAAAUUCGAAAGAUUCAUCUAAAAAAAGCGCAAGGCGAAAGACUAAAAGAGUGAAAUUACCCGACGAUGAUGAAGAAUUGGACGAUAAUGAAGACUCUAGCGAAUCGCAAUCAACCGAUGAAAAUCCAACCAAUGGAUCAGAGACAUCACCACCCAGAUCUUCAAAUAAAGAAAAGCUUCUUUCUACUCCAAAUAAGCGAAAUAUGCAUGAUGUGGAGAUUGUUCGUUAUCUUGACGCAAUGGAAAAUUGUUUGAAGCACAACCGAAUUCUCAGUGAUGCACCCCCUGUAUGGACUAAACCUCUAGAGGCCUACCUCGACAAUGCUUUUAAGAAAGAAAGUGAUGAAUUUAAGAUGUCAAUCGUGCAAGAAAUCAGAGAAGACAAAGGAAAUCACUUUCGCCUGUAUUGCGAAAAAAUUCUAAUGGAUUUCUAUAAUUUGGUUGAUAUCUUUCCCGAUAUGUCAAGAAGAAUUGGGAAACGAAAAUACAUUGUACAAAAUAUUUCUUCACUCUUUAAAUUUUACGAAACAACCUUUGGAAAAAUAUGCAUCGAUUGGAUAGAAUCGCAUUCUCCGUCAGGUAAAUUAACAAAAUCGACCACCAAUUUUGGUAUUGUUAAGGUGGAUAUAAAAGAUGAUACGAAAAAAUCAUUGCACACAGACAUUCUGAAUUUGAUAUCGAUUUUACUCGAUCAUCUUGACCUUUCUGUUGAGGUUGCGACACGGAUUAAAGUGUUUAGUUUUCAAGUAAUUGAAUAUCGAAUCACAUUUUAUUCUCUCAAUAUGUUGAAUGAUGGUUCCUUUCUUGCAUCAGAAUUAGGUUCCGCUUUAUUUCCUUUUUCAUUUGACGCUAGAGCAAAGUACAAGCAAAUUCUAUUUCUUAUGGGUAUUUUUCACAAAGAAGUUAUGAAUCAAAUUUCAUUAAUACAAGAACUCGAUUUAAAAGUUGACCAUUAUAAAGGAAAAUCAGUUCGAAGUGUCCUAAAGAUUCCCAUGGCUUUGAAAGAACUUCUACAAAAGAAAUUUGAAGAUUGA